AUGGUCACUCUGCUGGAGAAGGGCGCCGACAUUAAUACGCAAGGGGGCAAGUAUGGUACCGCUUUGAUUGCAGCAGCGUAUGGUGGAAAUUACCAGGCGGUCGGAUUUCUGGUCAAAGAAGAAGCCGAUGUCACUGCUUCAAGCCUCAAAUUCGGGAGCGCUGUUUGCGGUGGAGCUUGGAAAGGAAACGCUAAGAUUAUAGCACUCUUGAUACAAGCUGGUGCUGUGGUCAAUUCGCGUUCCGAAGAACACGGGAGGGCUUUGCGAAUUGCGUCGUGGAGAGGAAACCGCAAAGCAGUGGAUGUUCUAAUAGCACACCCACCAGGUGGGAUCGUCCAAGCGGAGGCAUAUGGGGCGGCUUUACAAGCUGCAGCGUGGAUUGGAAAUGUAGACAUCAUGCAAGAUCUGAUUGAGGUAGGCGCUGAUGUUAAUUCCGAAGCUGGCGAAUAUGGGACUGCGCUGCACGCCGCGGCCUGGAAUGGAAGUAGGGCAGCCGUGCACAGCCUGGUCCGAUGUCGCGCUGAGGUCGACGCGCGUGACAAAAAGCAAGGGACAGCCAUACAAAUUGCCGCGUGGAUUGGGCACGUGGAAAGCAUGCAAUAG